GAAUUCAAUAUGCUGGGAAAUCAUUCGCGUCUGAUCAAGAUAUUCUUUGUGAUAAUUUCCAUAAAGCUCUUCUUAAUACUCGUACUCUUCGCUUACAAUAAUUCCAAUGUGAACCGUUUUCGACCCCGUCGUAUAGUUUUUAUCGAUGAGCUGCUGAUUGACAAAAGCGCGACGCCCAGCUGGCAGGAGCGGCUGAAGCUGAUACGCGAGGAGAUGCCCUCGUUUCCGCUCGAGGAGCUAUCCCAUAGACCGCCUUUCGAACCCAACUGCGGACGUGUUCCCAGUAUACUGGGCAUUGAUUAUAGCAACGAUUACUGGCAGAUGGCGCAUGUCUCUAAUCUGACUUAUUAUCUCUUUGGUGCGUAUUACGAUAACAGAGAAAAGAUGACCGAGGCGCCGCUGGUGCGGGUGCUCACCAUGAUCAAUCAAUAUACCAAGCGUAACGAGGGCAAGUAUCCCGAAACGUUUUGUCAACUGUGGUACAAGAAUCGCGUGGAUCCCAUUGUUGUAUCUGUCACAGAUCACAAGCUAAUUUGGUUUUGGGGCGGUGGACCGCCACAGGUCUUUCCAACGCUUCUCAGUUGCCCUUUGCCCAAGAAAAACGGCACCAUCGUGGAAGAGGUGCCCGAGAUGGUGUCGCUGGUAUCAGAGCGCUGUGAGAAGGCUAGGAAUUUGUUGCGCGUCGUGUACGAACGGGAUGGGAGCAGUACAGACAUCCUGCCAACUGCUUCGCGCAAGGAGCAGGACCAAAAGGAUAUCCCAAAACAACCAAAAAAGCCACUUCGUUUCAUGGUGUGCGUCAAGGCCAUGGACUUUCUCUACGUUGACAUGUCCUCGCGGCUAAUUGAAUGGCUCGAACUGAUGCGCCUGCUCGGCGCCGGCAAGGUGGUCUUCUACGAUGCUCAGAUGCAUCCGAAUAUGACGCGAGUGCUCAAUGAUUAUGUAGAAAACAGCCCGGAUUUCGUCGAGCUGCGCCCCAUGUCGAUGUCGCGUGGAGUGCCGCACACGGGUCGCCACUUUCAUCACUACGCCAUGGGUGUCGACAAUUUUAAUCGAAUACUGAAUGAGAUGAUACCCUACAACGACUGCUUUUAUCGUAACAUGUAUAAAUACGACUACAUUGGCGUCUUUGACAUCGACGAAGUCAUCAUGCCGCUGGGCAACGUCACCAACUGGUCCGAUCUGAUCGAGCUGGCGCACAAGGUGCCCGAUUAUCAGAGGGACUCCACGAACUGCAAGAACUGGGCGAGCUUUUGCUUUCGCAACGUCUACUUUCCCCGCUACCCGGAGCGGCCCAAGGUGUACAAGGAGCUGCCAAGCUUCUACUAUAUGCUGCAGCAUGUGGAACGCGUGGCAGAGCACUGUGAUCGGUAUUCGGCAACCAAAUGCCUGCACUCCACUCGGUAUGUGAUUGGACUGCACAAUCACUUUCCCCUCUUUCAUGCGGAAAACGGUGAAUGCGAUCCCAAAUCGGUGCCAAUUGAGUUUGCACAGCUGCAUCAUUACCGCGAGCCAGACAACAAGACGCGCCUCAUCGAUCCCAUUAUAGACGACAGCAUCUGGCGGUUUCAGCCAACGCUUCAACAACGUGUCUAUGCCAAAUAUAAGAAGUUAGGAUUUUUGCCCGACAUCAGCCAAGUGCUCAACGCUGAGAUUCAACGCCGAAAGGACGAUGAACGUAAGCUACAAGAAGCGAUAGGCAUGACAUAG